AGGAAAUUGAACUUACUGGAAUAUAACCAAUGACUUCACAGAGUUUUAUACAGAACUGCAAACUCAGCUUUAUUAUCAAUUUAGGACGUGUGAAAGUGUUAACAUUUUCUCCAGCAUGUUAAAGCUUUGGCGAGCCGGGGAGCCCCUGAUGGCGGCAGUUUCACAAGCUAGACCCAAGUCUCCUCUGAACCGGAAUCCUCAGCAGUGCCCGGCUCCUGUGAUGCCAAAAGAAAAUGAAGCCGAACCACGUGAGUCCCUUUCAUUUCUGCAGUUUCCAGAUGAAGAAAACUUUCCAAAAGGAAGGGCUCGCUUUAAUGUUGAAGCCAAUUUUCAAGCAAUAGCUGAGUCUAGUGAGGACUCAAUUGAAAUUGAUUCAAUUUUAGAUUUUCCUUCUAAAGAUUCAGAAUAUUCACGACAUUUGGAUUACGAUUUUCCGUCAGCAGCGAGGACUUCAUGGGAAGCAAAUAAGGUGACGUCACCAGAGCAGAUGUCCACAGCAGGCCCUGUUUCUCCUUUUUCUCUGGACUUGGGAGAUGAAGACUGCACACAGGACUUCUCCGUGGAGUCCCUGGAAGCAAGGACCUCACCAGUAAUGAAAAAAUUCAGCUUUCUGGAGAAUAAGGACUUUCAAAGGCUUCCGUUAGAAAGUAGCGUGCGAGUUCCACUCGUCACGUUGCCACCUGCUGAUGGGCCCCCUGACCUGGAUCCUCAGUCCCAUGUGACCGGCUGUGACAGGCCAGAGUCCUCGGGUUCUCCCGUAUUCAACCUGUGUGAAGACUCAGUGACUCUUCCUUUCAGCCUUGGGCCUGAGGGCCAAAGAGAAGCUUCUUCGUUUAAGGGUUGCAGGGCAGUGACACCAGGGGGCGACUCACUUCUCAGAAACAUGUCUGCUCAGAGCAAGUGGCUGAAAUAUCAAAACACACCCCAGUGCAACUUGCCGAAACGGAGCAGACUGGACACGGAAGUCACAGGUGGCUUCUUCGCCGAGUCUGUCUCGGGCGGGUGUUUUGGUGACAUGGGUGAAAGGCAGAGCGACGCCGUGAGGGGACGCUCUUUGGAUGCCGUGCACGUGCGGAUGAUACGAGGCAUGCUCCGUCAGCAGCAGCAGGGCGUCAGUCACGACUGGGUGAGCGGAGGGAAAGCACCUUCUCUGAAUUUAAAGCAGACUUCCAGGACCGAGGAAACUCAGACGGAGCCGGGCGGGCCUGCCUGCCGUGAGCACGCUGCGACGGGGCGCUCACAGGAGAUAAGUGACUCUGAGCUGUGCUUCCCGAGCGGGCAGAAGGUGAAGUCCGCUCGCCUCCCCCGGCGGCAGACGUGCAUUCCAGCUGUCUUUCAGUCUCCUGCCCAUUACAAGCGGCUCUUUGCGUCCUGCCUCAUAGAACAUCUAAAUAUAUUGCUGUUUGGGCUGGCACAAAGGUUGCAUGAAGCUCUUGCAAAAGUCGACAUAUCAUUUUACACGUCAUCAAAGGGAGAGAAACUGGAAGAUGUGGAAAAUAACGUGCCAUCCUGUCAUCACCGUCAGCCUGCGAAACUCGUCAUGGUUAAAAAGGAGGGUCCGAAUAAGGGCCGUCUUUUUUACACCUGCCAUGCACCCAAAGCUGCCCAAUGUAAGUUCUUCAAGUGGCUUGAGGAAGCGACCCCAGGACACUCAACGCGGGAGGCAUCUGCCUCCCGCACGGUGUUGAGUGAUGUGAAGAGCAUCGGCUUGUACCUAAGGAGUCAGAAAAUACCCUUCUACGAGGAGUGUCAGCUUCUGGUGAGGAAAGGAUUUGAUUUUCAAAGAAAACAGUAUGGCAAACUAAAGAAGUUUAGGACCGUAAAUCCUGAAUUUUAUAAUGAACCUAAAAGCAAACUUUAUCUUAAGCUGAGUCGGAAGGAAAGUUCUUCGACUUACAGCAAAGAUGACCUUUGGGUGGUUUCCAAAACGCUCGACUUUGAGUUGGACACUUUCAUUGCGUGCAGCGCCUUCUUCGGACCGUCAUCCACCAAUGAGGUGGAGCUGCUGCCUUUGAAAGGUUAUUUCCCCUCCAGCUGGCCCACUAACAGGGUUUUUGGAGCAGGAAAGAGUUAUUUGCUGGCAGUGGUGGUUUUGUUCUUCGUGCGGCUGUUUGAGCAGAGUGAAACUCCUACAAGUGGAAACGCAAGACCGUGGAAACUUCUGAUUGCUUCUUCCACUAAUGUGGCUGUCGACAGAGUCCUCCUUGGGCUUCUCAGUCUUGGAUUUGACAAGUUUGUCCGCGUCGGGAGCGUGAGGAAGAUCGCCAAGCCGGUCUUACCUUACAGCUUGCACGCCGGCUCCGGAAACGCGAGCGAGCAGUUGAAGGAGCUGCACGCACUAAUGAGAGAAGACCUGACUCCGCUGGAAAGACUCUACGUGAGAAGAAGCAUCGAGCAGCACAAGCUGGGCACCAAUAAGACCCUGCUGAGGCAGGUUUGUGUCGUCGGGGUCACCUGUGCGGCCUGCCUGUUCCCGUGCAUGAAUGACCUGCGGUUCCCUGUGGUGGUGCUGGACGAGUGCAGCCAGGUGACAGAGCCGGCCUCCCUCCUCCCCAUCACCAGGUUUGAAUGUGAAAAGCUGAUCGUUGUUGGAGACCCCAAACAGCUUCCUCCGACUAUUCAGGGUUCCGAAGCAGCUCAUGAAAAUGGGUUGGAACAAACCCUUUUUGAUCGACUUUGCUUAAUGGGCCACGAGCCAGUUCUGUUGAGAACCCAGUACCGCUGUCACCCUGCAAUCAGUGCUGUCGCCAACGACCUGUUUUAUGGCGGGGUCCUGGUGAACGGUGUUUCGGAGGCGGACAGGGCGCCUUUGCUGGCAUGGCUGCCUACCCUGUGCUUCUACAGCGUUCGUGGGCUGGAGCAGACUGAAGGAGAUAACAGCUUUCACAAUGUGGCGGAAGCCGCUUUUACACUCAAGCUGAUCCGGGCCGUGCUCGCGAGCGGAGUGCCGGGCUCCGCGGUGGGUGUGAUAACGUUGUACAGGGCCCAGAUGUGCAAGCUCUGUCACUUGCUCAGGGACGCGGACUCCGACUCGCCCGAAGUCAAAGCUGUGCAGGUGUCCACAGUAGAUGCCUUCCAGGGAGCUGAGAAGGAGAUCAUCAUUCUGUCCUGUGUGCGGACGCGACAGGUCGGCUUCAUCGAUUCAGAAAAGAGAAUGAACGUCGCACUGACCCGAGGGCGGAGGCACCUGCUGAUCGUGGGGCACCUGGCCUGCCUGCGGGGGAGCCGGCUGUGGGGGCGCGUCAUCCAGCACUGCGCAGGGCGGGAAGAUGGGUUGCAGCAUGCAAGCCAGUGUGAGCCACAGCUGGACCUUCUCCUUAAAGAUUAUUUCGAAAAGCAAGCAGAAGAAAAACAGGAGGAAAAGAGUGAAAAGGACAAAUCUCGUUUACAGAAAGGGGAAGUGAAACCCGUGUCCGUACAGAAGCUCGCACGCGACUGCAGCGGUUUUAUUCGUCACUGUCCGGAACUGCAAGCACCGGAAAUGCGCUUCGCCGGUGAAGGUAUCCGCGGACACAGCCGCUCGAGGCGGCUCCCCUCGGCCUUAGAGACCAAGAUCCCGGAUGCAGUGCCCUCGACUGAGGGACCGGACUCGCAGGGCUGCCUUCUGCGCGAGUCUCACCCACGACGGUGUGCCGAGGCAAAGGCACAGGGACAGGACAGGCUCCCUGCUCCCCCGGGCGGGGCUGCCUGUGCCUCCCACGACUCCGCGCUGUUCGGCUACUGA